CAGCUCCCGUCGUUCACCUACAAGAGCCGGCUCUUAGAGUCGACUCAUUCGCGAACGACCCAUCACUAAUUCAUACUGUACAUCCUCAAAGUUUUAAGAUGCCACGAGGGUCAACAAUAACAACCUGUGUGGGCUGCAAAGCAGCUAUUGGUGUGGCCACCAAGACCUGCAAAUAUUGCCAGUCUGUACAGCCAAGAAAGCAAAGACUGGCAAAAAAACUUAAGAAAUUUGAGGACAGAAAGGAGACGUGGUUAAAAAACCAAAACAAAAACCAAACCACCUCUCAUGUUAUUGAUGAGGCAUCUGUCUUGGUCGAAAAGUUAAACAUAUUGGGGUACAAGGCCAUAGUCUUCAUUGGAAAGAAAACAAAGAAGCAGAAAACCUGGUCCGCACAAGUCCUCCAGCCAAAAUGGCAGCUAUCAGACCAGUCUGAAAAAUGCCUUGACAGGAUGAAGGCUCUUUAUGAACUGUUAAUUAAUGGUUGUACUAACCAGCAGCCCCCCACCGGUCCUCCCAUCCAGUCCACCACCAGUCCUCCUCCUCCUCCCAUCCAGUCCACCAUCCAGCCCAUCACCAGUCCUCCUCCCAUCCAACCCAUCACCAGUCCUCCUCCCAUCCAGCCCAUCACCUGUCCUCCUCCCAUCCAGCCCAUCACCAGUCCUCCUCCCAUCCAACCCAUCACCAGUCCUCCUCCCAUCCAGCCCAUCACCUGUCCUCCUCCCAUCCAGCCCAUCACCAGUCCUCCUCCCAUCCAGCCCAUCACCAGUCCUCCUCCCAUCCAGCCCAUCACCAGUCCUCCUCCCAUCCAACCCAUCACCAGUCCUCCUCCCAUUCAGUCCAUCACCAGUCCUCCUCCCAUCCAGUCCACCAUCCAGUCCAUCACCAGUCCUCCUCCCAUCCAGUCCACCAUCCAGUCCAUCACCAGUGGUUGUUAUAGCGAAUACAACCACGACAGGCUGAUCGGGACUUGA